CGACAGUUUCCUGAUCCUUCGGUUUGGUAUGCCGCUCGAUUGGGUUUUGCUCGUUCAUGUGCAGUGAUGUCGAUGAUUGGAUUCGUCUUAGGACUUGGUGAGAGGGGCAUUUGUAUUUUUCGGCUUACAAAUGGCUUUAAGUUAAUAGUUGUACCUUUUCGAUUGACACGGAAUAUGGUAAAUGGAUUCGGUCCAACGGGUGUUGAAGGCUCUUUUAGAAGGUCCUGUGAAGCGACGUUGCGAGUGAUGAGAGAUAAUAAAGACACAUUACUCACAGUUAUUCAAACAUUUGUUCACGAUCCGUUAUUGGAGUGGAUAAAUACUGAGGCACGUGCGCAGCAGAACAGAGGCCGUGGUCAUCUGAAACUUCAUGCGCCAUCUACGGAAAGCGUACAACUGAUCCUGAAACGUCUUGAAGGUCAUAUCGUCUCACCGGAGGUAUACAAGCACAAGUUCUCAUGUGCUCCAAUGAGUCUCGAAGGACAAGUGGCGAAACUGAUCGACAUUGCCAGCGAUGAAAAGAAUCUUGCUCAAAUGUACAUUGGAUGGGGCCCAUUUAUCUAA